GCAUUAUCUUACACUCAAGUUUCCAAUGGCUCAGCCACUGACAUCUACAGAUACUUUAAACUGAGAAUCACCCGUUAACCAAGGACACCUGAAUGUGAUAACAAACAACUAAAAUGUCCUACUGACCCAGCCAGAGUUACUACACUUCGGUUGGGCAGCAACCAGCUGCAGGAAGCCCUGGUCAAUGGUGGGCUAUGAUCCUAGCCAGUCAGUUCAGCUGUCUCAGACCGAGAUCUUACUGGCAGGGGGACUGAGUGGGGCUGCUUCCAGAGCUGUGGGCCAGCCACUCGACGUCCUUAAAAUACGCUUCCAAUUACAGAUUGAGCCAAUCAAAAGAUUGCACGUGUCCAAGUAUCAGGGGUUGUAUCAGGCAACAGGUCGGAUCAUCCGUGAGGAGGGACUUCGGGCUCUCUGGAAAGGUCAUGUCCCAGCACAGUUCUUGUCAAUUCUAUACGGCCUUAGUCAGUUUGGUUUGUUUGAACUGAUCACCAAGCAGUCAUGUGACUAUUUCCCGUCAGCCUACUCCACAGUUUACCUGCCUGUCACCCACUUUGUGUGUGGGGCCAUGUCCAGCAGCCUGACCACCCUAAUUGUACAGCCCCUGGAUGUCCUCAGGACGAGGUUCGUGGCCCAAGGGGAACCCAAGGUGUAUACUGGGAUGGUGUCAGCGGCUCUCAUGAUCAGGAGGCAGGAAGGCCUGACAGCCUUUUACCGUGGCUCUGUGCCCGCCCUCAGCACAGUGGCACCACAGAUGGGACUCCAGUUUGGCUCCUAUGCUUUGUUCACAGCCACCUGGAAAAACACUUUUGGCAGAUCAACUUCAAAUAGGCCUGGAGCUGUGGAGAGCAUGAUUUGUGGGUCUGGGGCGGGUGUCGCCUCCAAACUGGUGGUCUACCCCAUGGAUUUGGUGAAGAAGAGGCUGCAGGUGCAGGGGUUUGAGGCAGCGCGGGUCAGCUUUGGGGAGGUCCGGAGUUACAGAGGCAUGGUGCACUGUCUGCUAAUGACCCUCAGAGAGGAGGGCCUAAAGGGGAUCUACAAGGGCCUAACCCCCAGCCUUCUUAAGGCCGCCACAGUUGCAGGCGUCCACCUGUCCGUUUAUGAACAAGUCUGUAAUCUCUUUAUCACCUGGAAGCAUUGACAGCUGUAAAUCCUAGCCAAUCAUAUUUAUGAUUCUGUUUGCUGUUGUUUUUUUUUUAAAGUCUUACUUUUAUAUAUAAACUUCCAUCUGUAAAAUUCUUAGGAGAAAAUCUGGGAUUGUCCAGUUUUACACUUUACAGUUUGUUCAUAAAGUCGUGUCAGUGUACUACAGAAAAUCAUUGUUGUGUGUUAACUAUGUCUUAAAUUCAUUUGUAAAGCUAUGCCUAUAUAUAAAUUUAAUAAUAGAGUAACUUGAUUUCUCUCAUCAAUACAGUUGCUGUAAGUUCAAGUCCAGCUCAUGCUGGCUUCUGCUCCAGUUGUACUUGGAAUUUUCUGCCUCCCACCUCCCAUUCUGGUAUAAGUGAAAUAUUCUUUAGUGCAUUGUAAAAUGCCAGUUAAAAUAAAUUAAUAAAUAAACAAAUAGGACUUGACCUGCCCUUUUAGCCAAGAGAUCCCAAUCUCUACUGCAUGUUUUCUUCUGACAAGAUGCAGUUGUUGUUUGUGUAACCACAAACCAGGACACAAUCUGUGUGUAGCACCUCAGAAUGAUGAGAUGUUUCCGAGCUCUGCCCAUCAAGCUGACCACCAUCAUAUAAGGGAAAAACUCUAUGGCUUACAACACCAAUUAAAUCAAUGCUGAAAAUGAAUGAAAAUUUAUAACAGGAUUAUCUCCUCUCAAAGAGAAAACAAUUAAAUAUACUGACACAUAACAACCAAGUAAGAAGUUUUUGUGAUAACAUUAUGGCAUAUAUUAUUGGUGAAAAUUCACCAUUACUUCUUUGUUUAGAGCUAAUGGUCAUGUUUCUCAAGCUGUUAUGGUAGUGUUUGUAAACGGUGUAUUCUUUUAUGUGUUUUUAAGUUAUUUUGUCUGUCUGGAAUAUUUUAGUAAUUUGCUGUUACCAUGCAUGUAAUAGUCAGGUGUUGCCAACUAUUUUAACGUGGCACUCUUUCAUGGUAAUGAAUCCUUGUACACUGUCUUGUCACUAUUUAUGAUCGUUUUACGAGAAACUAGUACUCGUAUAUUUUUUGUGCGUUCUGUUUAUUAACGGAUGAUAAACCUGUGACAAAUUUGAAAACGUACAGUAUGUACAAAGUAGUCUCCCCUGAAUCGAAAUAAUGUAAUAGCCUUCAAAGAUAACACAUUUUUCCAUUUAGUUGAACUCAUUGAGGCCUAUCACAUCAUCAUGUGUUUUUCACUGCAUGCAUGGAUUUACGAGUUCAUAUAAGUCUUUAUUUACCUUUUUUGAAAAUACAAAAAACCGACUUAUACCUCAUUAAGGAUAGGAGUAUUUUACAUGAGAUUUUUUAAGGUUGCCUGUCAAUGUACUAAAGUAGUAGUGGAAUAUUCCCCAUCCCCUGUUCUACUUAACGAAGAACAAGCUUCCCUCUGUACAGGUCUGGAAGAAAAAUUACAGUCCCGGUUGUUAUGGAAGACUGUAGGGAUGGGGGUGAAA